UGCUCAUUUCGGACAGCGACCAUGAUCUUUGAGUACUUGAGUGCCAACGUCCAGCCCGCUUGUGUCGAUCCACAUCGAUGAGGGUCACAAGGCAUGAUCUCCAAGUCAAGUCUAGAGCCAUAUCCAUCAUUCGAACACCCUGCAUGAGACAAACCCUCCCCCAGAUCUAUACUGUUGCCAGAACCAGCCCGGCAGGUGCAGUACCGAACGCAGACCUCAUGUUAGAUAGCAUGGGACCUAAUAAAGAGGCUCUGGACUUUUGCGUCCAAAUGGACCCCUCACCUCGCCACCCUUAGAGCAUCAACUACAUAAAUCGUAGGUGUUUUUCAGCGACGUUUAGUGCUACCAUGUAAGACGUUCUGUUAUCUAGCAUCUACUAUGCUUCCAAAAGGACGAGAGCUUCCUCCAGAACUCGAUGAAUACCUCAUGAAUUUCCUGGCAAAUGAUCCGGGUUCGUUACGAGCAUGUGCACUGACAUGCCGAGCUUGGUUGGUAGCCAGCAGAGAGAUUCUAUACCAGGAUGUAACGAUCGAAAACGAACAACAGUUCGAGCGUUUCGAGGAAACAAUUACAAUGUCUCCCUACAUUCAAGAAUGCGUUCGCAUCCUGCGCAUCGACAGGAGCAGACGGAAAUACGAGCUCAAUUACUCAUGGGUCAAUAAUAAGCUCUCUCCCAUCCUUCCCAAACAAUUGAAGAAAUUGCAUACGCUGGAACUAAAACAUUUGGAGGAACGGUGGAAGUCAAAUUCCUUCGAUAACCUCUCAUUAUUCACUUCAGUGACAAGACUGUCUCUCAUAUCAUGCGGGAUGUCGCCCACUGAGUUGUACGGUCUGAUCGGCGCAUUUCCGUCUUUACAGCAUCUUUAUCUCGAACAUUUUAUAGAGUUAUUCACAGAUCAUCUUCGAUCUGACGCCUCUCCACCCCGGAGCCCACUACGCCUUACUCGCUUGACGAUCUUUGCAGAGGAUCUUCCUCACACCAAGGAUGAAGACUUCUUCGACUGGGUUCUGAGCACGGAGACAAGGCAUACGCUUCGAGAUCUGAAGCUUGUGAUCGGGAAGAGGGAUAUUGACCAAAGAGCUUGCUUGUUGAAAGCAGUGGGGUCGAAUCUGGAACAUCUUGAACUCAAGUUUGUCAGGCGAUUCGGACGAUAUCACGAAGAUGUUCCCGGUAUCUUAGACAGGAUCAACCUCGGAGCAAACACAGGGCUGAAAUCGCUCAUACUCCCAAACCCCGUUCACCAUGUUGUUUGUCCCUUAUUAUCCCAACUCGCCUCUCCAGAGCUCCAACGCGUCACCUUCCGGAUUCGACUCUACGAACUGAAAGAUAUCGACAAAAUCGACCACAAACAAGUGAUACGGGUGCUAUCUGAACCCAACUUGGAGCGAAUCCAAGAGGUUUGCUUCUUGUAUGCGGGUAGAUUUGCCUACGAGGAUGUGUAUUGGCGGCUCAAGGAAUCAUACCUGGAGUUAGAGAAGAACGGUGUCCUGUGCGUUAGGCAAGAUUGCGAGCGUCGGGUGGCGAUUUGAAGGGUGGGAAGAAGCAUCGCAGAGCUAUCAACUAUGGCGUCGAAGUAGCUAGUUAUGCGGGGCGUUUCGUUAUACGGGCAACGUUGCUCAGCAGGGACAGUAAUUCAUCAUUGCAAUCUGUAAGACGGAAAGGUAGUCUGUUAUUUAGUAAUGAGCAGGGACGAACGACCCAGUACCAAUUAUGUUUGUUAAGGCAUCCUCUGGAUACCUACCGUAGGUGCUAAUGAGCUCGAUGGACGCCCGUAAAAUCUAUGUGUCAUAUUACUGUACGUUGGAUCAGAGUUGAAGCUAAGACUGAAGCUUUCAUCAUUCUUCCA